AUGUCUCUCCCUCAGCCCGUUCCCCCAUCCUGGAAGGACCUCGGCAAGUCUUCCAAUGACUUGCUUGGAAAGGACUACCACUUCUCCGGAACCUCACUUGAGGUGAAAACGAAGACCCCUUCCAAUGUCACCUUCAAGGUUGCUGGCUCGCAGAACUCGCAGUCGAACGCUAUCAACGGCGAUAUCGAGACGAAGUACACCAACCGCAAGCACGGUCUUACCUUCACUCAGGCUUGGACGACCGCGAACGCGCUCCGUUCCCAAGUUGAGGUAGAAAACACCAUUGCAAACGGACUCAAGCUCGACCUCGCCACCACUCUUUUCCCUGAUAAGGGAAGCAAGAGCGCCAUUUUGAACGCGGCUUACAAGCAAAGUGGAGUCCACGGACGGGCAACCGUUGACAUUCUCAAGGGUCCCACUUUCACUGCUGAUGCUGUUCUUGGCCGUGACGGCUUCCUCGUGGGCGGCGAAGCUGCCUACAACGUAACCGAAGGCAAAGUCACCCGAUUCGCUACCGCUGUCGGUUACAAUGCUCCCGAAUAUGCUAUCACCCUGCACGGUCUCAAUAACCUCAACACCUUCUCCGCCAGCUACUACCAUCGCGUCAGCGUUGAUGUUGAAGCUGGGGCUAAGGCCGUAUACGACACCAAGGCCACUCACGGUGGCGUCGCCAUUGAGGUUGGAACGAAGGCCUAUCUUGACUCGGCUGCUUUUGUGAAGGCAAAGAUCAACAACGCUGGUGUUAUUGCUUUGGGCUAUACUCAGACCUUGCGUCCUGGUGUCAAGGCUUCCUUCGGCCUUGCUCUUGACACUCAAAAGCUCAACGAGGUCUCCCCGGCCGGUCCGUCGCAUAAGGUUGGUGCUAGCUUCACGUUCGAAUCAUGA